GCGCUCCUCGCACCCUCCAUCUUGAACUGUGCAUAUCGACGCUAUUGUUUUAUCUCGAUAGCGGGAAAAUUGAAUUCAACUCAACGAUCAAGAAAUCUGCACAGAAUAUUUUGAUUCAGAUUGAGAAAUACUAUCCGCCGAAUAAGCAAAAGAAUUUUAUUAUUCAGUUAUGUUCCUCUGAAAUCAGUAAAGAGACAAAAAUAUAAUAUAAUUAUAAAAAAUAUAAUUACAAAUGUGAUAAUUUGCGUGAUGACGCAACUGUGAUAUUCCAUCUUUACAACGGAUCUGCAUUCAGCUCCAUCAUUACACGCCUUAGAUGACAUUCUGCCAGCUAAGGAAAAUUCUCGGAAAAAAAGGAGCGUCGCGCAACACGCCCCCGCAAAGUAACGACGGCCCUGCCCGUCGUGAUUACACACUUUGACAUCCAACAUGGCCACCUGAUAUGUAGCAGACGAUACACACAGGUGGUAUGAAAAGCUGUAAAUAAAAUCCACCUCUCUAGAUUUAAUUAUGAGUGGACGUGUGCAGAAAGAGAGUGCCGAUGAUUCCGAUCGUGUCGACGAUGCAGUGGACCCGCGAGUUCAGAUUGAACUUGAAAGAUUAAACACAGCUACCGAUGACAUUAAUAAACUAGAAGUUGAUUUAGAUGAAGCAAGAGCAACCUUUAGAGAAUUAUUGUGCGAAUCAACAAUCAAGAUUGACACUUUAGCUAAGAAACUUGGAGCCUGCAUUGAAAAGUCUAGACCAUAUUAUGAUGCUAGGUUUAAGGCGAAAGAAGCGUUACAAGAAACGCAAAAAGCUGCAAUUAGAUUUGAGAGAGCUAAUAGUCAACAUGCAGCAGCUAAAGAAAUGGUUUACUUAGCAGAAGAAGGAUUACGGACUGAAGGAAGAUGCUUUGAUCACGCUUGGCAGGAAAUGUUGAAUCAUGCCACAUCACGAGUCAAUGAAUCAGAGCACGAGAGAGCUCUUUCCGAAGCAGAACACAGGCAUACAACUGCAGUAUAUCACAAAACGGAACACGAAGUUCAAAAAUUGCAGCGCGAAUUAAAGCGUACUAUCGCCAAAUCUAGUAUGGGUGCACGCCGCAGCUUGCUUCUGAUAAACAGUAUCGCCUACAGGCACAACUUGCUCAUGUUGCCUUACUAUGAAACGAAGGCGCACUUUAAUCAAAUGCUGGAGGAGCAAAAGAUGAAGGUCAGCGCGUUGGAGACAUCAGUUGGCGAAGCGAAAGCAUCAUACGCGGCAGCGUUACGAAAUCUGGAAAAGAUCAGCGACGAGAUUCACAGGACGAGACGAUACGACGGAACGGAUGAGUAUGACAAGUGUACGCGCGACGCGCCUGAUCGCUCCACCACGCAAACCAACACGGCCACUCCGACGGAUUCCAGUGUAACUGGAUCUCCGGACAGCACGGAUUACACUAGCGACGAGUAUUUACGCCUUCCCGACAAAAUGAGUCCGAAUGUGCCGUGUCCUAUGCCUACAAGAAUCGAGAGAGAUUCGUCGUCGGAGUACCUGGGCCUAAACAAUCUCAACCUUUCAUCCACCGAACCGCGCAAAUACAUAAAACGAGACCGUCCACGAAGUAUCGCGGCGACCGAUUCGAAACAUAUCGUAUCUCUAAACCACACGAGUUCUUCAGCACCAGGCCUGACGGACCUGUCGGGCAUCAUCUCUCCGGUCGAGAAGAGAGUGAAAAUUCAGACACCCAUGAACGACAACAAGAAAAAUACUACGACGCAGAACGGAGAGGAGUGGACGGAAAUUAGCCUGAACAAUUCGCCGGAUGAAAUUUAUUACAACAAUGACGUGUAUUCCGACGAAGAGGAUCAAAUUCCUUACAAGCCACUACCGAUGGAUCUAAGUCCGGAAAUUGCGCAGUCAGUUGCCGCAACCGUCGAGCCGUCAAAGGAAGAGCAGUCAAACCGAAAGAAAUUAGUCACGCAGAAGUCUUUGCCUACGAUGUCGAAAGUAAAUGAAGUUAGUUUAAGCGAAGAGAAAAAGGCCGAGGUCACGAGGAGUCCGUCGGUGAAACAUAAAGGCAAGCUCGACGGCAGCUUAACCAAUUGGAUAACCAGGAGUUCGGUCAGUGACGAGGCUAGUGCUGGCAGUUCCACGAAUUCAAGCAGAAGACAAUCUCUCGAUAUGCUGUGGAGCGGCGGCACCGGAGAGCGCGUCAAAGAGUUACUCAAUCACGGUAUAAUGAUGCUAAACAUAUCCAGCUUGACGGAACGACGUUCCAGCGAACCAAAGACAGCGGAGAGAGACAAGGACAAGUCUGAAAAGUCCGAGAAAGUCGAAAUUAAAGGAAAGAAGGUCCCUAGUCCCUUAGAAAAAACCAUGAGCUAUCUCAAUGCCGACGAGGAGACGUCGGACAGCGAAAGUUUAGCUAGCGUGGAGAUGUUAACGGAGGAUUAAAUCUCUUCGCUCAUGAUGGAACCGGACAUGAAUCAAGUAUGCCAAGAGAUCCUGGGAACUCCCUUGGUUGAAGUGUGUCCACUGUUACAACAAUUGCAGACACAACAACAAUAGCCUUAUCGCGGUGGGACUUGCGCGACCGAGUGGCAAAGAUUCAACAAUAGAAAGUGUUCAAGAUCAUUAUAAGACGGUAACGUAAUUAAGGCACACCCUUUCCGUUAAGGUACCAAACACACUACUAUAUAUUCUGUUUCUAUCUAUCGUUAUAACUGUAGAUUUUUUUAUCAUGUGAUAUAAGAUGGAGCAACUGUUAGAUUGCUAUUGCAACAAUAUUUUUCAUGGGUUUUAUGUAUACUCGGUAUCGUCAAGUUAUUGUAUAUCGGUUAGUAAGAAUAAUAUCUAUAUGUAUUCAUUGUAGAGGGGAUAUAAUGAGGCUUGUGGCUUUUAGUUAAUUCCGUACUUGCAUUGAAAGUGUCUUGUUAGUUCUUCGGAUACUAAAAAGCCUAACAAUGUCUUUUUGUGGAUACGCUUACACGUGGGGGACAUUUUCGAACUUGUUCUAUAAAAUCUUUCUAAUAUUUAACAUUUGGUAAAAACUUGUGAAAUAUCAUUCGCUAAGAAAGCAAUAUGUAGUUUACUUCUAGAAAAUCGUAUAGUCCAAUCUAGAUAAUCGUACACGAAUCUAUUCCGAGUUACGUCGACUAUUUUUUGCUUGCCUUUACAUGCGACUGCUAUCACGUUGAAGCUCUUUCUCGGAGCGUCUAACAAAUAUAUUAGAAUAUCAUGUUACCGCAGCGAGAUAUCAAACGAUCUAGAUAAAUUAAGGUGAACCGUAACAAAGUUUACUUUUACUCUACGUUUAAAGAUAAUCGGUUACGAUAAGCACUCCCUUGUCUCUCUCAUCACAACGCGAUUGUUCGGUCCACUAAGUCAUCCGCAAAGCGUGAAAUAUAGAGCAAGAAAAAAAAAAUCCUAUAGAAAGUUACAAGAUGCCAAUUACGACUUCAACAGUCAGAUUCUCUAAAACGCGGAACGAAUUGUAUAUAUAAGCAUAGCGUAAUAUAAUUCUAAACGUAUGUAGAUCUGUGUACAAAAUGUACUGUUAACAUCAAAAGUACUACUCUCCGACUGCGUGAUCAUCUUGAGUUCGAUUACUCGUUAAUUUGUUACGAACGCGAAGGCAAGCUGUAUCUAUGAUCGGUGACAGCAUGUUUUGAAUACAGAUCGAGAAUCGUGCAGCUUCGACAGGCAUGCUGUUUCAUAUACAAAGCUUCGUGACGUAAAUAAGUGAGUGAUAGUGUUCAACCCGUCAGGUUCAGCAACAUAUUUUUCAAUAUUUUUCGCUGCGACGCAAUAGGGACUACGUGUGUCUAUCCAAUUAAGUACCUUACGGCUGUCGAUCGUGUCAGAUAAGCGAGGAGUGUGAUUCGCGAAUAUACAAAUUAUUGUAAGCAGGAUAGUCUGGACAGUGAUACUCGAUCGUGAUAAUAAUAGAUCAGAGACGCGUUACUCGAAUUCAGGCACUCGGGACAAAGUAAAAGUUAAGUACUAGCUCCAUCAUUUUUAUUGCCACGUAUUGUGAUAUAGCUGUUAGUGAUUUUAGACGUUCAGUUGGAUUGUCCAAUUGUCAAACGACGGUAUUAGUGCAAAAUACGCAUGCAAUAUGCUAUUUAUAAAGAGUAAUAUAUACAUAUAUACAUAAAAUAUAAGUUAUAUACACAUAUAUAUACAGAUCCUAUUUAUUUUGAGCGUAACUUUCUGUAACCGAUAUUAAUUGACAUUUUUUCAAACAGCGUUUGUCAAUUUUUAUAAGAAUAGUGGCAAUGAUAUUUUUCGACCAAGAUUAUUUUAUGUCAUUAUAUCGCGACACGUCGAAAAAUCUAUAUGUGCAAUAUAGCUUCAUUGAAAAGUCCAUUACAAAUGUGAAAUAAAUAUCGAAAUUAUCAAAAAAUAUCACAUUCCUGAAAGUACUGUGUAUUACACAGAAUCCGUUAUUGCCACUCUUCUCUAAUAUAAUUCCACUCUAAGAUCCGUGUUUGUAUUUUACAUUUAGCAAUUCUAAAUGCAAAACCCGAACACGAGUCUAAAUAUCUACAAUAUGUACAAAACGCGACAGAGAGUGUAAUUCACUGAUUUGAAUUGUUUGUUACUGCUCAAGAAUGCUGUAAAAAAAGUCGAUCGAGAAAUGCGAAAUGUUAUUCUAAUCCAGUCGAUUCCAUCGAUUUUAAUGAAUUAUUUUUCACGGGAGAAGGACUUCGACGCCAUCGCUCACAUUCUUAUACUGUAAUAUAUCGUUCCAUAUAAAUCUAAACUAUCGAGUAGGAUUUUCUGGCGAUUCUUUUCGUUCGCGAAAUCCUACAGGCUUUCUAAAAUUAUUCGUCGAAAUUCCACAUAAUCACAAUGUUAUCGUGACUCGCGCUGCAAGAAAUAUUUUCGUCCUGUAUGUCGGACAACAAUAAUAUAGCGCUGCAAGCGAGGGCAUAAUAAUAGCUGUAAUAAAUUAUAUUGUACAUA